AUCCGUUUGGAGUUUGUAAAUAUCUCACCCCACCGACACUCCUUUUGCAACCCAUGUUUUCAUGAUUGCGGAUUCUUUGCUAUCUUAUAUUAUAUCGAGCAUUGUACAUUGAAUUGAUUGAGGACGUCAAGGGAAAUCCACAGAUAUGUGGGUGCGGGCAGCUUUGCUGUUUGUCUGCUUCUUGCAGCUUGUAGCUUGCGCCGAGGACUUUUAUAAGCUCUUGGGCAUUGACAAGCAAGCAUCUAAGAGCGACAUCAAACGGGCAUACCGAUCUCUAAGCAAGAAAUUCCACCCCGAUAAGAACCCUGGCGACGAGACUGCAAAGCAAAAGUUUGUUGAAAUCGCAGCUGCUUAUGAAGCUCUAUCCGACACCGAGACCCGCCAAAUCUACGACAAAUACGGCCACGAAGGCCUGCAACAACACGCGCAGGGUGGUGGCCACCAGCAACACCAUGAUCCUUUUGACUUAUUCUCCCGAUUCUUCGGCGGCGGUGGUGGUGGCGGCUUCGGAGGCCACGGCGAGCGCCGAGGGCCAGAUAUGGAAGUGCGCAUUGCCGUUCCUUUGAGGGACUUCUACAACGGGAAGAAGACAGAGUUCCAUCUCGAGAAGCAGCAGAUCUGCGACGAAUGCGACGGAACUGGCGCAAGUGACAAGCAACUAGAUGUUUGCGGAGAAUGCCACGGCCAUGGGGUAGUCAUCAGGAAACACAUGCUUGCGCCGGGUAUCUUUCAACAGAUGCAGGUCCGUUGCGAUCACUGCGGUGGUCAAGGAAAGAUUAUCAAACAUAAAUGUACGGUUUGCGACGGCUCGAGGGUUGUGCGCAAGGUUAAUGAGUUCACGUUGGAUAUUGAGAAGGGUGCGCCGGUUGGACACCGUAUACGGUACGAGAAUGACGCGGAUGAGAGCCCUGACUGGGUUGCCGGCGACCUUAUAGUCACAUUACACGAGAAGGAACCGGAUCUUGAUGUUGAUAACGAGCUGAAGGUUGAUGGGACAUUCUUCCGUCGCCGUGGUGAUGAUCUAUACUGGAAAGAAACCCUCGGCUUAAGGGAAGCAUGGAUGGGUGGAUGGACGCGCAAUGUUACUCAUCUCGACGGACAUGUUGUCCAACUCUCGCGACCACGAGGCAAGGUCGUGCAGUCCGGUACAGUGGAGACUGUGAAGGACGAAGGAAUGCCGAUAUGGGACGAAGAUGGAGACAGCGUUUACCACAAAACAAAGUUCGGCAAGCUAUUCAUAGAGUAUACCGUUGUGUUACCGGAUCAGAUGGAGAAGGGAAUGGAGAAGGACUUCUGGGCUCUGUGGGAGAAGUGGAGGAUGAAGAAGGGUGUGGAUUUGGGGAAGGAUUCAGGAAGACCUGUGAAGCCGGCCGUGAAGGAUGAGCUGUGAGGAAAGAGCCUACCAUGGCUUAUGUAUAGAAUACCAAGUAUAACCUAUGGGAAGAAUAGAUUCCUUGAUCUCUUGGAUCAUGUUUACAUCAUGUUCAGCGGCAUGAGAGAUGUAUUUGUAGUAUUCUGGUUGAGGAGCAGGGUAUAUUCCCGUGACUUGAGAUUUCAAGCCUUUUUAAGCCUCGAAUCCAAAGGUAGUCGAGGUUAAGUAGCCUUAUGGGCGGGAUAAACGUACUGUAC